UAUUUUAUUUUUACUGUUUUUUAAUUAAUUUUUUAUGAAGCAUGUUUGUGAAAAAUAAUACAUAAAUUCUUGUUUAUAUUGAAUGAAAAAUAUCAAGAGUUAAUCGCAGAACAUAAGUAGUUAAAUCAUUUAUCAAUAAAACGUGUGCUCUCUACAAUUGAACUAUAACAGGAUCACCACCAACUGAUGACGUUGAAAUAUCUUAGAAAGUGGAUCCAUAAGAUGUUAUUUCUCUGGUCACGAGAGCCAACCCCACGUCCUAAAGCCACUUCUUGGUUUGCCUGGCUGACAACAGUUGUUUUACUUUGGGGUUUCCGCCGUCGAUUACUCAAGACCAUUCGUGUGAUGUCACCUUUGCGAUUUCUCAAAAGAUUACAUGCCCCAGUCCAAUCAUUACCAAAACUAAUGGAAACUCCAAUGACUUCUCCAAAGACUGAUAAACACGUUAGCCUUAUCUUACAUCCUAAGUACGGUCUAGAUGUCAAACGUCAGAAGAAACCAUUGUAUACACCUCAAUUAUGUUCUGGUGAUGGACCUCAUGUGUCCAAUCAUGAUGAUAUGAUUGAAACAAUUGAGGAAAUUUAUUACAGAGUAACUAGAAGUGGUCGAGUUUAUGGACAAUACCCAAAUAAAGUCCCUCUCUCAAUUUUCAAAAGAAGAUUAAAAAAAUUAAAUCAUUUGGUUAAGUAGUCCAUUUAAAAACUCAUCAAAGCUUUGAUGCAUUUUAAGUAGCUGAGGAUUAAAAACAUGAAAAAACUUUUCAUAAUUACGUAUUAU